AUGCCCGCUUCGGAGGAGCCUCCGGAAGCUUUCCUGGUCGACAUCUCGCCGCUCUGGCCAGAUGAUGCCGAGGCCGGAAGAUGCGAGGAAGGCGUUGCGGACGAGGAAAUUCAGUGGAUGCUCUCACGACGCCCGCUGGACCACAGCAAAGUCACCCGAGAAAGGCUGGCUUUGGACUACAACGAGCACGAAGCGGGCGCCAUGCUCGCAGCCUUCGCAGAGAGCAAGGUAUCACACCUGAUCCCGGUGCUGCGAUGGCCCGGUGUGGGAACGCGCUGGCGGGAGUUUAUCAAGUGGGUCACUGGACUCCCCGAGCCGCCUUCGAGCCCCGAGUUGGCUUUCGCCGGUUUUGCGCGUGCCCUCGGGCGUGUGACGACAUAUCGAGCCCUUUCCCUAGAUGCGGCUGGGCUGCGGCGUAUCAUACAGGCCAAAGAGAUCUUCCCUCGAGGCCAGCUUCAGGUGUCUGCCGAAGAGCUGAGUCAAGUCAUUGAAGAGCACGGGGUGGUCAAGGUCGUGGUAGCAAGGCUAUACAUCGCACAUCUGAAGCGCUUAAUCGGUCACGAUCCUUCGGUCUCGCUCCACGAUGACUGGCAGACGACCUCGUGCAUAGCUUCCGGCUACACCGAAAAGGAGAAGUCUGUUUACUUGUUCGAGGUGUCGGUGCCCAUCGUCGAAUCCUUGGGCUUGCGCUUGAGCGAGGUGGAGGUGAACGCCCCGCCGUUUCUGGGGCCUCGCUAUGGCCCAUCCGGAGCGGGCUGGUUUUGCUUCGAAGCUCCGGCAUUUCCGGAUGGGGUCUAUUUCGAUCGCACCGUCCAGGAGACGGAACGGUAUGGUCUUUAUUCGGUCCCGUUCUUACACCGCCGGCUGCGUCGGCUGUGGAGGUAUCCAUCCGUGGCAGAUAUCGGUCUGGCCAUCAGCCCCUUCGCAGAACGACAGGCCGCCUUGCAAAAGAACUUCCACAUUCUACCCACGCGCAGCAGCAUUGUUGUGGCAAUGACGGGUGAGAUGAAAGCGAGGAUCUUCAUGUCGGAGCUGCAGAUGUCGCAGAAGCAUGCAGAGUGCAGCUGCGUGUUGGGGGAGUCAGAGGGCAGGUGCCCCCGCGGAGCGGGCAUCGUGGGAGACAGCUUUCAACCUGACGACUUCUGCCACAACCCCAUUCCGACGAUCUCUACGGUGCGCGGCACAGAUGGGGUUGAAG